CAGUUGAUUUCCAUCUGUUGAACUAAACACAAUAUGAAGCCGAAAACACUGUGUUUAUCCUUCUUCAUGGUGGGGAUUCUUCUUGCCUCUGAAAUGCCAAGCGUCUAUGGAAUGUAUUCAACUUACGAGUUGGUACGCCUUGCAGCAAACGAACUCAUAUAUUUGAGUAGUGCUGUAGCUAAUGGCAUUAGCAAUAUUUUCUUAGGACCCUCCACAAUUCCCCCGACUCAGGGUAUUGGAAGCGAAAGUCGAGAAAGUGAAACCUAUGUGGAUACAGAUUAUUCGCAGGAAACAGAAGUUACCAAUGAAGAUAAUGAGAUGAAUUACUCGGCAGAGAAGAAUGGAAACGAAAGUGGAGAAAGCAAAAUUUCUGGGGAGACAGAUAAUUCACAGGAAACAGAAGAACCGUCAGAAAAGCAUGAAUUAAUGGAAAGGGUACUCAAUUUGGAGAAGGUUUUGAAUUUUCUUAAAAACAAAUUUAGAGGAGCCAAGGGAAAGCAGUCAAAAAGCAAACACAAAUUGUAUAAAAUAUAGUACAAUAUGUCAUUGGCAAUAUACAAAUUUCUACGAAUAUCACAGUUUUUUACUUCACACAAGUAUUGUGUGUGCUUAAUGAAAAUGUUAGAGAAGUGUAAAUAAAAAUAAGCGGCGAAGAUUAUGUACUACGGUCGAAGUGUGGCUAAAUAUAUAGAAUAAAAGGAAUUUUUAAAAGUUAAA